UUCAAGAAAACAUACAAUUUCUCCUAAUUAAAUUCUUCUAACUAUAUAUUAUUGCAACACUUCACCAAAUUUAAUAAUUCCCAUCACAUUUUACAACUAAUGCCAACUAGCUCAUAAUUAAUGAACACCACUUCACCUAAUUAACAAUUUCUUCUCUCUCAACCCCCCAUAAAACCCCCCUCUUCUUUCCCCUUCUACACACACACACACACACACACACACACACACACACACACACACACACACACACACACAUUCUUGAAAAUCAAGAAAAAAUAAUAAAAGCAAUGGACCAAAAAGCCCUUUUCUCACUAUCCGUUACAAUGCUCCUAUGUCUCUUCCAAUGCGCAACCACCGUCGUAGCGCAAACUCCGGCGCCAGCGCCGGCGGGCCCCACGAACAUAACCAAGAUCCUCGAGAAGGCCGGACAAUACACAACCCUAAUCCGCCUCUGCAAGAUCACCCAAAUAUGCGACCAAAUCAACACGCAGCUCAACAACUCCAACCAGGGGCUAACCGUUUUCGCCCCCACCGACAACGCGUUCUCCAACCUCCCCGCCGGAACCCUAAACUCGUUGACCGACCAGCAGAAGGUCUCGCUGGUCCAGUUCCACAUCCUGCCGGCUUUCCUCUCCAUGUCACAGUUCCAGACGGUGAGCAAUCCGUUGAGGACUCAGGCCGGCGACAGCGCCGCCGGAGCGUUCCCUCUGAACGUCACCACCUCCGGCAGCCAGGUGAACGUCUCCACCGGAGUGAACGACGCCACCGUGGCGAACACCGUCUACUCCGACAACCAGCUCGCUGUUUACCAGGUUGACAAGGUGCUUCUUCCGUUGAGUUUGUUCGGGACCCCGGCGCCGGCCGCCGCCCCGUCGCCGCCAAAGGCGACGAAGAAGAAAUCCGGGGCCGCCGAUAGCCCGGUUGGCGGCGGCGCUGACGUGGAUGCGUCUGGUGCGGCUGGAAUCGCCGUGCAUGGAGCUGUGGGGCUUGGGAUAGCGGUUUUGGCAAUUUUUGGUUUGUGAUUUUUUGAAUUGAUGAGAGGGUUUUAAUUUGUCCAACAUUUUUGUUUCUUUAAUUUUUUUUUAUAUUCAAAUUGUAAUUUUUCCUUUUCUUGAUUCCUUAUUUUUUAUUUCAUUUUCUUUGUGUUUGUGUAUGUGAUGUGAUGAUCUAUUGUUCAAAGAUUUGUAUCAGUAUUAUAAGUGAUAAAUAUUUUUAAUAUAAGUGAUAUUUUACAUUUUUUACA